GCACUACCUGAGCUUGUACACUGUCUCCUCCACAUCCUCCAGGCGGACCUCCGCGGCGGCUGCAACAGCACACACGGCGCAAGAGAGCCGAGCGAGGCGCGGCUGAGGCGGCUACGAGCAGCUGCGUGUCCUCCCCUGCCAGGCGUUUGGAUAUCUUUUCUCUGUUCAUCGAGUCGGAUAAGUUGGCGCAGGACAUAAAAAAAGGCAUUCUCCCGUCCUUUCGUCCGUUUCACACCACCCGCCCAUCGGCUUGUCGCUGCGUGUUGACGCCGGAGAGGAAGGGCGAAGAGCGGCGUUGCGAGGAGGAGGCGCCCCCAAAGCCAGUUGCGUGAGCUCGGAUGGUAACGCUGGAUUCAUGUUAUCGUGGAGGGAUUAUCCAUCGAUGAGGGUUUGUUAUUGACAGCCCUGCGCGUGUGUGAGCAUCAUGCAUCCACACACAACUUUGUCCACGUCUCCUCUGCAUGUGUUUUAUUAGAGAAAGAAGAAAGAGAAGCUUGCAGGGUUAAAUAAAUAAAUAAAUAAAUAAAUAACACCGGUAGAAUGCACCAGAGACGCUUCAGCCCGUCACUAAAGAGAGCCCGGGGUGGCGGGCUUGUGUUGCCAGCCCUUCGCUAAAAAGCUCAAGUGUUGCCUGGAAGCCAGGCCUUGUGCACUGCCAACCAGCUGUGUGGAGGGAAACAACAAAAAAAAAAAAACAUCUGAAAGACUUCCGAACAGAAGAAGUUAUCCCAGAUGGUGUUCCGAAAGUUGCCGGGCGUUUCUGCGUCCGGCAUGGGCCUUCGCCUGUCGCAGAAGUUUGUCUUUUUGCUCUUCCUGUCAGGCUUGGUGACCCUUUGCUUUGCGGCGCUCUUCUUCUUGCCUGACUCGGUGAGGCUGAAGCGCAUCUUCUUAUCCAAGAGUGAGAACCAACCGGCCACGGCGGCGGGUUCAGGCAUGGCGGCGGAAAACGAUGCCAGCGAGCGCUCCAAGAGUCAACGAGACCAGGAGCACCCGCGAGGGGUGACCUCCGCCAAGGGGGAGAGCGGAGUUGUCGUGAUUGCUGGCGGAGCCGGCCGAGGAGGUCUUGCCAGGUUUAAGGGUCUCACCCGUAAGACACCUCCAUCCUACGAGGCCACUGAGGAACGUCUGGCCGGCGGAAAAGCUCAGGAGGACAUGACCCUGGGGUCAGACAAAGACUCCUCGCCUGACUCAGGUGCAACGUUUGCUUACAAAAAGUUCCGGAGGUGUCUGCUGAAGCCGCCACUGGGGAGGGACGGCGGCAAACCCGGUGACCCCAAGACAGACAAGCGGCGGGAGAAAGUCAAAGAGAUGAUGAAGUUUGCCUGGGACAACUACAAGCAGUAUGCCUGGGGCAAGAAUGAGCUUCGGCCUUUAACGAAGAAUGGGCAUAUUGGCAACAUGUUUGGUGGCCUGAGAGGAGCAUCCAUCAUCGACUCGCUGGAUACGCUCUACAUUAUGGGACUCUUGGACGAGUACAAUGACGCCAAGGAGUGGGUCAGGAUCAACCUGGACCUAACCUCGAAUGGCGAAGCGUCGCUCUUUGAGGUGAACAUCCGCUACGUCGGCGGGCUGCUGUCGGCAUACUAUCUGACGGGAGAGGAGAUGUUUAAGACUAAAGUGCUGGAAUUGGGCGCAAAGUUGCUCCCGGCUUUCAACACGCCGACGGGGAUCCCGCGAGGAGUCAUCAACCUGGGGAGCAGUGGCAGCAGUUGGAGUUGGGGCUGGGCGUCGGCCGGGAGCAGCAUCCUGGCCGAGUUCGGGACCCUGCACUUGGAGUUCAUCCACCUCAGCGAGCUCUCCGGUGACCCCAUCUACACCGAAAAGGUAAUGAACAUCCGGAAGCUGCUGAAUAAGAUUGAGAAGCCUCAAGGCCUGUACCCCAAUUUCCUCAGCCCGGUCAGCGGAAACUGGGUCCAACAUCACGUGUCCAUUGGCGGCCUGGGGGACAGUUUUUAUGAGUACCUCAUCAAGUCGUACUUGAUGUCGGACAAGACAGACGAGGACGCCAAGAACAUGUACUACAACGCUCUGGAGGCCAUCGAAAAUAACCUGGUGCAGAAGUCGCCUGGCGGCCUGACCUACAUGGCGGAGUGGCGGGGGGGCAUCCUGGACCACAAGAUGGGCCACCUGGCCUGCUUCUCCGGGGGAAUGAUUGGCAUCGGCGCCGACGACGGCGCGCCCGACAAGCGGCAGCACUACCUUGACCUUGCCGCCGAGGUCACACACACCUGCCAUGAGAGCUACGACCGCUCAGCCACCAAACUGGGACCUGAAGCAUUCCGCUUUGACGGCGGCGCCGAGGCCACUGCAACCCGGCUGAGCGACAGAUACUACAUCCUUAGACCCGAAGUCAUCGAGAGUUACAUGUACAUGUGGAGGCUUACCCAUGACCCCAAGUACAGGGAGUGGGGAUGGGAGGCUGUUGAGGCGCUGGAGCGGCACUGCCGAGUGGAGUCGGGCUUCUCGGGGAUCCGCGAUGUUUACACGUUGGCCGACAGCCACGACAACAUGCAGCAGAGCUUCUUCCUCUCAGAGACUCUCAAGUAUCUGUACUUACUGUUCUCCGACGAUGACCUCCUCCCCUCGGAGGACUGGAUCUUCAACACGGAGGCUCACCCGCUCCCCGUGGUGCGCAAGAGCUGCCUGCAGGAUGCCUCGGUCACCGCGCAGGACAAGAACAAGCUCCCCGGAUGACCACCGACCUUUGCGUCCGUCUGUCCACGCAGCUCCAAGGGAUGCGUUCAACUUCCUUUCCAGUAAAGGACGUGGUGGGUUUUUUGUCACGCUGUGAUUGUAUAGUCUAAUCUUUUGAAUUUGUUGUUUUGGGUGGACAAUCAAGACAAAGCUUUUGCAGACACUUUUUCUUUCCUCUGUGAGGAAAAUGAGCUCCAUACUUUUGGGGAAACCACUUUGAGUCUGUCAGGGUUGGGUUUUUUUUCUCCAAAGGAAUUAUUUUGCUUCGCUGACCAAAGGAUUUCUUUUCCCCCGCCGCAUUCCUACAGUCAAAAUUAAGCAUUGAAAUGUAAUAAGAAAUAUGAAGAGCUCCAGAAUAUACUGUUGAUGUCAUGUUUUUUGAGGAAACUUUCUCAAAAAUUGUCAGGAAAGUGUCUUAUGCAUCCUGGGACCAUUGUAGACAAAACAUGGACACUUGUUGGGUUUUCUUUUGGGUUUUUUUGCCUUUUUGGGAGCACACAUCAAUGCUGAGAAUCAUUCCCAAGCCCAAAUAUGUUCUCUCGUUCCAGUUCCAUUUCUGGUUUUCCUACCAACACUGAUUAUCAGUGAUGUACAUAAAAAUAUAUAUAUUUCAUUCCUUAGUUCUUUUGUGAUCUUUUUGUUUCGUUGGUUUGCUUCCCUCAGGUGUUUACGUAAGAAAAAGGAGGAAAACUAACGUUAAAAACACAACAACAGUAUUACAAUUUUAAGUCUACUUUUUGCGGAUAUUUGGAUUCUUAUUAUUACGACUUAUUAAAGUUCGGUUUAACUUUG